UGCUACGUGUGUGACAAGGCCUGCUCUCUAGCCAGAACACUGGCCAAACAGGUUUGAAUGGCUACGUGUAUGUUGCCUGUGGAGUGUCAGUACGUGUCUGCAGUGUUUCCCCUAUAUUCAAAUUGUUUCCACCGCUGCAAAAAAUGUGGUGAUAAAAAAAAAAAAGGGUCUUGACACCACUGCUGAAAAAAGUGUAUCCUAGGAUUGUCUGUGUGGGCUGUGAGUGCAGAACAGGCCUGUCUGUCAGGGGUCAGUGGCGGUGUGAGGUGGGCUUUACUCACAAUGUCUCCUGUUAUUGCCUACAUUAAUAGUCAGAUUAUCUCCCUCUCUCGCUCCCUAUAGUGUGUUUAGCCAUCAAAUAAAGAUGGCUUUGUCUGCCUUGUUCGGCUUUAACCAACGAAACGCUGCUGAAAUCUCCCAUCAGUAAAAAGAUGGUUCAACCCAUUCACGGUAUUGCUCCCGUUGCAUUUCUCAGCGGCUCCUAUAUUGGUCAAGGAAUGCAUCGUUCCCCCCCGUCCUUGACAUUAAACAGUGGUAGUGUCCCUCCUGCGUCAGUGGGUGUCUCUCGCAGGCUGCUGAGAGAUGCCAAUGUGUGGCUGUGACAGAGUGGGGCAGCGAGGUAUGCCAGUUUCCCCACAACCCUUAAGCUCUGCCAAAGGACUGUUAGCAAAGGAUGACACUUGCUGUCUUUUCUCCUCCUCCUCUUCCACAUCCUGUCCCCCUGGUUGCCAUGCUACUUGUCCCUGUGAUGUGGGCAGUAACUCUGGCACCUGUCAGCUACAAACAAUUACAGCCAUUAAGGGAUUACCAUUGUUGGGCUCCUGUAGCCGGUGGGCUGGGCCUCUGUAGGGGAUGAAGCAGUGGAGAGGAGGCUCAGGAGGGGAGUAGCAGGAACUAGCAGUGAGUUCUCCUUAAGGGGCAUGGUAGCGGUCAGAGAAAGAGAGACGGAGACAAGACGGAGGGGGAAAUGGUGGACACAAAUCAACUGACCUAAAUCGCUACUACCUUAGUUUCCUAUAGUAUCAGUCACCUGCAGGUAUGAGACUUCAGACGGUGCAGAAUUGGGCAGAACACCAGUCUAGCUGUUUGUAUACCAUCUACAUUUAGCUACAUUAUUUUGGUUUCUGCAUUUAGCAGACGCUCUUAUCAAUAAUGAUCUUGUGUGUAUCUAAGGGAUGGUGACACCGAGGGGUGACUGAACUCUUGACAGACAGGCCUAGCGUCAUCUUGUCACUCAGCCAGAGUGUGGUUGUGAGCAGCUGUGUGGAGCGCGCUCAGUGGAGGGCCGUCUGUCUGUCUCUGUCCGCCCUGCAGCAAAGUCAGACGAGCCCAGCCAGCCAGUGAGUGAAAGGUGGAUACGCACCUGGAUGCACUCUUCCAAGCAGCUGCCUGAAUAGCUUAUUUCCUACCCCCUCCCAUUACACACACACACACACACACACACCACACACACACACACACACACAGUCCCAGAUAGGCGUGGCGAGGCCCACGCAGACUCCUCUCCAGCCUUGGCCAUGUACGACGCUUGUAAACAGCCCAAAUUUGGACAAGGAUUCCAGCCAGAUAGCGGUGUGCCCCAAACGUGAGUCCGGUGUGUGUGUUCCCCCCCCUCGCCGCUUUUACCGUCAAAGCAGCUCGCAGAGAGAGUUGGAGACUUUACAGGCAGCUUUUAGAAAGGGGGAAGCCUCGGUCUGAACGUUAUCAAGAGAUCAAAGUUUUGGGACGCAAAGCAGGGAUUUGAACUCCCAAGUCCUGGGUCUAAAAAGGGAUCCCAGAAUGACAUUUAGCAGUAGUAAUACCAACAGGAUUGUUGUCAUAUCAACAUAGCAUUGAAAUCUAUAACGGUGUCCAUUUUCAGAAUACCAUGCAUUUUGCAAAUCAUGUCCACGCUCUUUUUUGGGGGGGAUGGCUUCUAAAAUGUUGCAGUGGAAAGAGUUGGCGCUGUCGUGACUGGAGAUAUUCAGUAGCAUGAGAGCAGGGGGGCAUUUUAGUCGAGUGAGAGCAGGGGGGCCUUUUGGGCAUUCCCGAUUUGUGAAAUCCCUGCCACUUACUGUAAUAACUGAGCUCUGAAACUGUUUCCGUCAAAAGUGUUUCACUAAUUUGGUCCAGCUUUAAUCCUGUCAUUCCUGUGUACAAUGUUUUGCCCAGCUAGGCCAUGUUUCUUUGUUGACAGUCACCUUGUUAUCUGGCUGGCUUUUAAGCGGGUGACAUUUUAACCCCUAGAUCGUCAUUGAGGUCACUGCGGCGCUGGCCCAGCAGCCCCUAGUCCUCUGAACAGAAUGUCUCAACUCCCUACAGCGCUCUCCCUCUCCUUUCUCUCUAUCUUCUCUCUCUCCCUCUCUCUCUACUACAGAUAGUUGGCCUUUCAUCCCUUUUACCUCUCAGCCUCUAGGCAGGGAACGCCCCCAGCUAGCAUGCGCACACAGUUGCUGGCUCACUCCCACAUUUCAUUUAUUGUACUGUUAUGGUUUCUCUUUGGAUGCAACCUAAAAUUAGCAGAUUUACAGCCAUUUUGUAGUGUCGUCGCUUAGGCCUAAUGUUUUUCCCUUCUCAUGUUUGUGCUCCUUGCCUCUCAAGUCCUGGCAUGCGCAUUUGAAGGAUAAGAAAGCUCCUUUUGAAUUUCUGACUUACCGGUUUCUUGUUCUUAGUAUGCAUAGGAUUUGCCUAUUCCAGAGGACUAAAUACUGAGUCGAGGGUAUAAUGGCGAGUGCGUUUUGGGUAGCUCAAUGGUCUUUUCUGUCUAACCACAUUUCACUGGAAUGAAAUAUCAGUCAUGUUGUCGAGAGCGGCACAAAUCUAUAGAUACAGCCUUUGAAUGGGACAGCCUAAAAGAGGAAGUCUGAAAAGUCAAAUUGUGCAUAUUUUUUUGCAUAUGAGCUGUCGGAGAAAACCCAAAACAUCCAUCUCAACAGAAAUCGUACGCACGGAGGUAUUCCAAACACCUCGGCUAUGUCCUGGCAUUUUGGGCAUGCUACCCCCGCCAACAUUCACCAACAAUUUCUGGAGAAGUGAGGAGAUUCAUCAAAAGGAGUUGACCGCUGCCCCUCUCUUUAAAACAGGCCAUGAGGCAGCCCUUACUGACAUCACCCACUCCCUGUCAGCGGGGUCAACCGGGUACACACACACACACACACACACAGGUGCUGCUAGCUGGUUUCUGACACUCUGAGGAAGGCAUCACACAGAAACAUAAGCCAACCUGCAUGUCCCUGAAUGCUCAUGAUUUUUCUCCUUUUGGGGUAGUCACACUGAAGUUUCUUAGUGUUUAAAUGUUGGACUUUUCUAACGUACUUUCUAUUUCUCUCCCCCUCCUUCAGGCGUGCAUAGAUGACAACGUGGACAUGGUGACGUUCCUGGUGGAGCAUGGGGCUGCCAUCAACCAGCCCGACAAUGAGGGCUGGAUCCCCCUCCACGCCGCAGCCUCCUGUGGAUACAUGGACAUAGCAGAGUAAGUACAGCUGCUGGGCCAGAGAGGUGUAAUGGCUGACGUGGUGAGGGUCCAGCUGGGGGCUGUUAUGGACCUUUAGGGAAUGGCUGCACCCCCCCCACACACUUUACUGCAUUGGGAUAACCCCAUUAUGUACCAGCCCUUUCACAUUGUUGUCUAACGACUCACCCUGAAUUAAAUUCUGCUGCUCUGAUCGCUACGUACAUGAUCGUAUACAUUCAUCGUGGAGAAGAAACGUCAGUUUGGCCAGAGCAACAUGGAUGGCUAGCCAGGCAAUUCACCUUGAGCAAACUCAUUUUUCUCAAUGGAGGCAAUAACUCACAGGAACUUAAAAAAUCAAUGGUCAGUUUUGAAAUGUAACAAGUGUUUAUUUUGCGUCGCCAAGCGUUACAAGGCUAUUCCCUGAGGUUUCAUUUGGAGAACAUCCAUUACCCCAUCCUGUCUAGACUCAUCAAUUUGUUGUAAAUCACUAGUCAGGUUAGUUAGGUCAUCAAUUAACCCUUUCUAUUCAAUCGUCUUAGACUAUGAAAUGCAAUGCUAAUCAACUAAAUCCUAAUAGCUACUUUUUAUACAGCCUAAACUUGUUAAGGGUCACCGUUUUCAAUAGCCCAUGCUUCUCCAAGGUGCAUGAUUACAUGUUGAUGGGCGCAACCGCCUAUCAGAGGGCCCCAACAACCUCGCACAAGUUCCUGGUGAUGUAAUCAAUAUAGAGAAAUCGGGGUGUCCACCGGCAUCAGUCAUUACUCCAGUUGCUUUCCAGUCUUUUCUUUCAUUGUGCUUAUUGAGGUAAGAAGGCUGUUUUAAAGGGAACAGAAACCGGGCCGGCGAGGAGGGAGGUAUUAUCAGUAGACAUUUUAAACAGGCUAAGGAGAGCUGAAGGAGCUCACUUGCACCCAUUGUGCAGUGACCUGUUUUACUUCUCUGUAUUGUAUUACAGGAGCCUGGCAUGAGCGUUAUCGCACACUGUGCAGUCCUGCUGCCCAAGUUAGAGCAGAAGUAUCAUACUAUGCUACCAAGGUUAUUGACUGACUGGAAUGUUGCCUUUUUAUGGUGUUUCAUCAGCUGCAAUUGUUUGUUGUAAUUCCAAGAGCUUUCUUGUAGGUAUUACCUGGAAGUUCUGUCCUUCAGACUUCCCUCUCACCCCUACGGCAAAUUAGUUUAUUAAAAAUAUGUACAAAAGCUGUCGAACGUUCAGUUUAAUCAUUUUCAGACGGUGGUGUUUGUCGAUUAUUUUCAUACAGUGGAGUCUACCUUAUUGUCCCAUUUUCUCCAUAUAUCAGGGCUAGGCUGUUGUUGAAGACAAGGGCUCUCUUUUGUUUUACACAAUGCAAUGAGGAAUGAAGGAAAAUGUGAAGGGCCUUGUCUGAUAUGGAUGACUAAUGGAGUGCUCUGGUCUUGGGCGACUCUGGGCCCUGAUGUGGGUGGUAGGAGCACAUAGCAGCACCAUUUUACCCCACAACACUGUCCCGUAAUGAGGCCUACAGAGCCGGAAAGGCAAUGGCAGCCUUUUCCGCCAAGCCCUUUGGUGUCAAACCGACAGCCAUCCGAUGGCAGUAGUGCUGAGCGAUUUAACCAACAUUUCCGUAACUUUUUUGGGCUUUAAACAACUAAUUGACCAUGUGUUUAAUUAUUUGAAUUCCAUUUUGUUCGUUUUUUCUGUGAGCUCAAUGCACAGUUUCUCCAGAUAAAUCAGAUCAAGCCCGAACUGUGUGAUGUAGUAGGGAGUUGUAGUUUCCAACAGGCCAAUAUUCUACAUAGUUUAGCGCAGAAAACAUGGUGAUGACCUACAAUGACCAUAAUCCAUUGCGAGCCUACUUGUCCAGUCUACAGCACAGACCGUCUGUUGGGCAGACACAGAGAAGAAACAAGAAGAACACGGAUAGAGCAGUUGCUUCGAGGUAUCUUUGCCUGAAAAUACAUGAUCUAUGUGAUAGUUGGUAUUCGGCAGUCAUAAAAGUAGGCUUUAUUUACUUGGAAAAACUACAAAAAAUAGAGAUUUUGUCAGACAGCAUAGGCAGCAGCUCUAUAGAGAUGAGGACUUGGAAUGAAAUAAGUAAUCCAAUGAAACAAAUAAUGUAGAGAACUUACAUUUUUUUAUUUAAGUAAUGUGAAUAAAUGAUUUCACAAGUAAUAAGCAGUAGGGCUGGGCGGGAUACCAUAUUUGACUAUAUACCGGUAUUGAUGCACAGACCGGUUUGGGUUUUUACUUCACCUUCUAUAACAGUAUUUGGUUUGUUAAAUGUGAAUGUGAUGCGUAAUGUCAGUAUUUAUAGUUUACUCUGUUUGCUACUUGCAAGUCGUCGCUCCUGCAUGCCGCUUCCCACACCAAGCCCUGCCCCCUGUCACUCAAGGAGAGCAGUUCUUGGUGUUGCUCGACCACAGAGUCACGAGCACUUCACUUGCCGUUCACUCUGCAGUCUGCAUGGUCAGACGCAACGAUGUUGGUAACAAGUAUGCUGCUUUCAAAGCCUUCUAUAAUUACACUAUUAGUUUGUAUCUUACUUUCUGCAAACAGCUAGUUUGUCUUUCCUUAGCACAUUGUUAAUAAAAUAAAAUGUGUUAGCCGCUAAUGCUAAUUGCUAGUUACCUAGAUGGCUAAUACAGCCUGAUACCAGUGCUGGUGUAGACCUAGAUCUGCAUGUUUGUGUAAUGGUAUCUACUAAAUCAGAGGAAUAGGCAAAGCAUGAAUGUUAGCUAGCCAGCUAUAUAAAGAAGAGGAACGUAACACCGUAUAGGGUCCCCUGGGAAAUGCUGACCAACACUUUGGUUCCGACCCUUACACAAUAAUUCCUCCCUGGCUUAUUCAUUUGUUGUCAUGUCAAAUAACAAUGUAUUAAAGGUGCUGCCCACUAUAUUCCAACUAUUGAAUUACAAUAAUUUGAAUUACAUUCUAUUUCCAUGAUUCCAACAGUACGCCAAUAAACUAGGCCUAGAUAUUUUGCCCAUAUCAUGCAGUCCUACGUGGCACAGUGAGGAAUUGAUGAAAAUGCUGAUUUUGUUUGAGGGGGACGGGUUGGAUUGAACAGUAUAAAACAAACAGAAUGGAGAAAGCCCCAUUUGAAAUCACUUAUGUAUGUGUUGCCACCCUAGGGUCACGAACUACUCGUGAAGUAUAUUUAGAAAUGUUUUUAUUAGAACUUAAAAUACUGUCGAGUACGUCAUAUAUAUAUAUAUAUAUAUAUAUAUAUAUAUAUUUAUUUAUUUAUUUAUUUUUUCUCUUGUGAUAAGCUAUUUUGGCCAUAUCUCUCCCAGCCGUAAUAAGCAGUAUUGUGCAGUCACCACCAUCUUGGGACUUUUAUUAAUUGUUUUAUUCUGUGUUACAGCAUUCAACCCACAUAAUGCAUAGUACAUUUAAUGGCAAAUAAAAUCCUGAAAUCGAAAACCGUGAUUUAUUUUUUAAUAAUCAAACCGAACCGACCUCAAAAAGCUUGAAUCGCUCAACACUAGACACUGGCAGGGUGAACUCCUAACCACAAGGCCCAACCACACCUUGUAAAACCCAGCUAAAAUGGGUCGAAAGUGAAUUCAAAAGAAUGUGGAACUCUAAAAUGUAACGGCGGUCGCUGAAUCUCCAUUACGAGGGAAGUUACCGGAAUGCGCCGUUUUCAAGUGGUGUGUUCUAAUGAGAAGGGUCUGCGUAUCUCCAUGGCUUUAAUUGGUAGCAGCAGGAGUCAAGAUCUCCUCCUGCUGUUCCAAGAGCCACUUGAAUCAGCCAGCGCAGGGUGAGAAAUCAGUGAGGAAAGAUAAAUGGAGUGUGAUUGACCAAAAAGGGUGAUUCACUAGGCUAAUUAUGCAGUGAAUAUGUGUGAACUGGUUGUCUGAUUUUAGAGGCAGGGUACUAGAAUGACAUCAUUAAACUCCUCAGGUGUUUAGGUCAGUGGAGGGAUACAACAGGAAACCCUUCAGGUGAAUAUGGUGUAAUUGCAGACUGCAAUUCGGGGUGUUUCUUGAUAUUAGGAAACGCCAAUUCAUACCUGCCGUUGGUCAGUUCCGGAGACUGAUGGUUUCUCAUCACAGAUUUGUUUACACAGCAGGUUAGGAUAACUAACAUGGCAGGUUAGGUGAAUUAGCGUGGCAGGUUAGGUGAAUUAGCGUGGCAGGUUAGGAGACUGAGGUUAAGGUUAGGAAAAGGGUUAGGCUUAGCUAAAAUGCUACAGUAGUCAACCACUGUUGUCCCCGACGAGAAAGAAACGUCCACGGACCAAUGGCGAGCAUCAAUGGGUGUAACUUGAUAUCAAGAAACGCCUAUGUCAGAAAAUGCCCCUAAUUGCGGUCUGCAAUUACACCAUUCUCCCUCAGGUGGUUAGGUCAGUGUAGGGAUAUGUGCCUGGCCUUACCCAAGGUUGGGGAUUUCUGCUACCAGUGGGUUGUGACCAGGGUUUCCAUUAGCCGGUAAUAGCUGACUGAAGUAAGUAAAUGAAAAAGCUGAUGAAUAAAAUUGGCGCCGGCCAAUUGUCCUGGCAAAAUAAUGCUUUUUAGCCUAUUAAUUGAUGGAAAUACCUGUCUAUGUAAAUACAUUUGAGUAGUCAGGCUUAUCGGUCUAUAGGUUAAUUUGCAUAAUUUAGUGGAAUUAAAUGGGUGCGUGUACAGUAUAUUCAUUAUGUAUAUUUUUUUAUCACAGGAAUACAGAGCCUUUGAGCGGAAAAUCUGUCAGACCGCAAGAGCUGCAGCUACAGCAUCUCAAACGGCAAAUGUAUAGACAACAGAAGGCAGGCUUCAUCAGCGCGUCACACCACUUUGAAAUGAGCUGAAGGCAGUAUGCAUUUUGAGAACAUAUGCUUAACUGUUGGAAACCUGAACGUUUUACUUCAAAGUAGCCUAGCCAAAAUCAGACCAUGUCCGUGGAGGCAAUUAUUUUAUCAACUUUUUCAUUGUCCAGUAGCCAAAGGCACAAUCCUAGUCAUAUUAGCAACCCAUGCUAGUUGUUGCAUAUUAAAACUCCCCUCUUUCUAAAUGUCUAACAUAUAUUUUCAUCUGUCACAUUUAGGGCUGACCCCAUUUAGUCGACUGGUCGACAGGCUGUUGGUCGACCGAGAUUUCUUUAGACGAGCAGUAGCAAAAAAUAAUCAUGGUGUGCAAGACACCUGUCUGAUUGGCUCCUGUCUGAGUGGACUGAUCCAUUGUGGAGGCCUUGGGGAUGGCACAGUCCAUCAGACGAAGACAUGUGCUACUGAAAUUGUACAUGGUUAUAUUAUGUAAGAACAAUGGUGCAACGCAAAUAGAAAUGAUAUUAUUUUAUAACAAAUGCGCUUUCUCCCGCCUUGGGUAGUGGUCACUGUCUGCGGUUCUGAAACACAUCAUGGCGCUGUUGAAUUGCCGCCUUUUCCUAGACCAUGUUGCUAUGUGCAUAAUUUCAAAGUUAACCAGCAUAUUGGUGUUAAGAACAAUGCGUCGGAGGCAGCAGUGGAGUUAGGAGACGAGAAAACACCCCUUGCCUUAAUUGUGUAAGAAAAGUGAGGAGAGAGGAAACCCCAAUUUAAUUAGGUCUAUAAUCAAUAGCCUAACUGUUUAAAUGUGCAUGACUUUUAUAAAUCAUCCAUAAUAUCUACAGAAACAAGACAAUUCCUGCUUCUGUUGCCUGUUUGAGUGUUUGUUUAAUAGCCUACUCAUUCUGAGAGCACCAAGCCUCACGCCACCACAUGUCAGAUAAAUCAUCUCACAAAUUCGGCUGUUUUUAAAUCUUUGCUAGGCGUUACACUUUUUUUCCUGUUAGACCAACCUCUGGUAUUAUUUAUCAUUUAUUUAGUGUUUACACUAUUCCAAAUUUGUAUAAAUUAUAUUUAUAAUAAAAACCCACAUUUUUCUUUGACAUUAUUAUAAUAAUAAUAAUAAGUAAUGUCAUUAUCAAUAGUAGGCUUAAUAUAGCUCCCGAGUGGCGCAGCGGUCUAAGGCACUGCAUCUCAGUGCUUGAGGCAUCACUACAGACCCCCUUGUUCGAUUCCAGGCUGUAUCACAACCGGCCAUGAUUGGGAGUCCCAUAGGGCGGCGCACAAUUGGCCCAGCGUCGUCCGGGUUUGGCCGGUGUAGGCCGUCAUUGUAAAUAAGAAUUUGUUCUUAACUGACUUGCCUAGUUAAAUAAAGGUUAAAUAAAUAAAUUAAAAAAUAGCAGCCUUGUAUAACCACCAUCGAGAUGUAGGCCUAAGAGCGCAUCCUGUUUAGUCUUAAUACCGUAACUUAGGCGUAUAUUUCAAUACUUACAGUAUAUAGGCUACUGUAUCAAUCAAUCAUUUAUUUGUUCAUGUCAUCAAACAGCAUAUGAGUCAUUCAUGCUUUUAAAUGCAAUCAAACAUUUAUUUUAAAAUAACAAAGUGACCAUUGAAUAAUUAGAGUAAACAAUAAAUAGACCUUAACCAUUCCAUUUCGGGAAUUGAAUUCACAAGUGAAUGCGACUGUUUUUAGCCUUUUGCUGUAACAAGGCUUUACAACAAACAAAAAAACUUUACAACCUACUCUAUUAUAGGGCGUUUGUUUCCAAACGGUCAGAAAAAUGAUAUUGUAAACCAUCGGCACCUGUUUGGCACACAUACGCAUGCAGCACUUACUCCUUACCUUCUUUUUCUUGAUCUCCAGUAUUUACAAGUCAAAUUUAUUUCACAGAACUGACUUCCCCCAUUACCUCCUGAGCAACCAGUUUCGAGUUUAUUUGUCAAGUCCUCUGCAUCCAUUUUUCUGUCACAUGUGUUACGGUGUUCAGAGUUUAUAACCAAUUUGUGGAUAUGAUAUGCUAUAGGUCAGGCCCUAUUGGUCACGUGCAUUUUUAUUUUAUUUUUAUUUAACAUUUUUAGUUAACUAGGCAAGUCAGUUAAGAACAAAUUCUUAUUUACAAUGACGGCCUACAUUGGCUGGGCCAAUUGUGCGCUGCCCUAUGGGACUCAUAAAGAGAGCAAGGGUUGAGGGAAUAGAGAAUAUUUUUCCUAAACAAAUGAGGGAUUUCGGUGUAAACUUUUCAGCCAGAAAGGGCUGUAAUUGUGUUGCAGCACUGACAGCGCGAUACACACUGAUGUUCUGUGGUGGUCACUGCAGCAGGGAGGAGAGGGCGACAAUGGGUGCUAGUCAGUCACUCAGGAUUUUUUUAUUUAUUUUUUUAUUACAGCACAGCAAGUCUUAGCCAGGCCCAGCACAAUCAAAUCAAUUGCGGUCGGACUCCCUCUUGUCAUUUUGUCUUAAUUAUAUCAUCAAACAGUUCACUUAAAGCAUCAGACAAGCUCAGUGCAUAUAGUUGAUAUGAUUAAAACACAUAGGAUGUGUCUAUAUAAGGAAAAAAUACACGGUUAGAAAUUUCGACCAAUCGAUUGGUCGAAAGAACCGACGACUCUCGGACGACCAAGAUAAAAAAAAAAAAAAAAUGUUGGACAGCCCUAUUCACGUUAAACCGCUAGCAUGUGCGGUGCGCUUUUGACAAGUGUUUUCCCGAUAAUUGUAUUAUUGAACUAACAUUUGCGCGUUGCCUACUGUGUUGUGCGCAUAUAGUUGAAAUAACAGUUGAUCAACAUUUUAAGCUAAACUUUCUGAUCUGUUGCAAUUAUUCAUUGCUUUUUAACGUGAUAUAUUUUUUUUUUAUGUAGCGUAGGGCUACUGGUUGUAUGAAUUUGUGAUCUAUCGUUCCACAACUGUCCCAGAGGCUGUUUGGAAUUGGCUAUUUCUUUCUCGACAAGCUGACCAAUAGAAUAGGUACAUUUUCUCUACUAUUGGGAUAGUAGAUUGACAAAGGCUAGUGAUUUUGCUCUUGGUUACUCGUCUUGUUGGCUGAGGAAAAGUCAAUGUGGACGAUUAUUCUAACCUCUUCAAAGUGCGAAUCAGAUUUCGGUAAGAAGGACCACACCGUUGAUCCUCGACUUGCAUGUUCUGUUAAUAUGAAUUACCAUAAUCUAAAUGUGAUUUCUGUCGUUCUGAGCACCGUCUGGUAAAUUUAAAAUGCUGCCGGUCAAAUGUCCAGCGCCACAUUUUCCUAACGGAAACCUGGUUGUGACGUACUGGUUUUCUUUAAUAUAUUCACUCGACUGUUUCCCUGCAAGUGAAGGAACAAAUUAUUGACAGAGUUAUGGUAAUUGGUAAAUGCAUCUAUUUUCCAAUCCUGGUAAAUGUGUCUUGCUAGAAUUUGGCCCAUUUUUGUCUUCAAACUUUUCAUAGGCCUAGGGUAGUAGCUUAUAGAGGCCUACUACAUAGAAUGAGAUGGGCAUGAUUUCCUUGGCAUUUUGAUUGAACCUUUAUUCACCUGGGUUAAAUAAGAGACCUGAUCCAUCCAUAUUGAUUCAGUGAAUAAUUAAUUUACUACUACUGAAUGUUACUAAUACUACUUAGACGACUACUUACCUGUCCUAAGCAAGUGUGUUUGUGCAGGUUUCUGAUCGGCCAGGGGGCCAGCGUGGGGGUGGUGAACAGCGAGGGGGAGACGCCACUGGACAUUGCUGAGGAGGAGGCCAUGGAGGAGCUCCUGAAGAAUGAGAUCAACCGACAAGGUACAGACGGACCGCAGCACUGACUCACUCUGUCUGCCCCACACUGACCUGCUAGUCAACAACGACUCUUUCACUUCUGCUUUCAGUUGAACCAUUGCCUGUCAAACAUUGUCCACCAAGCAUAUCAUUAAUGGGACUUUUUAUAUCGAUAUGUAAUUGGAAGGGAAGUGCUCAAAAUGACACAAUGGAAAUGUUUUUCAUAAAGUUUUCAAAUUAGAUUACUUUUUAACGACAAAUGUGUGCUGCUACUUUGCUUGCAUCAUUCUGUGUUUUCUACAGACCAGGCAGUUAUGCAUUGCCUUUCCAAAUAGACCGGUUAAGGGAGAAGAGAGUUGUUGUGUGUGCAAUGGAUCGUGGUCAAUUCAUCUAGGCCGCUGUGGCCUCCAGUCAUAUCAGGCAAAAAGUCUUGGCAGGCCUCCAGUGGCGUGCACUCAGCUUUGUUCAAUAGCACUGCAGCCGCCACGGCCAACAGCUCACUGGUCUGGUCUGACUCCCCCUUCACUACUCCACCCAAUAUCCCGCUUACGUACAUGAUGUUCAGGUAUGUCAUGCGUGUACAGUGUCAUCAAGGAUUUAUGAAAUCGAGUGAGACCCAGAGUCCCGGCAGCUGCGACGCUUUGCCUCAGUGGAGAAGUUACAUAAUGGAGAUUAAUGUGAUCCACUUAAACUCUGGGUUUCUCUUUGUGAUGAUUCUAAACUGGAUGGAAGGGUUUUUCAAUUUUUGGGCCUGUGUGUUCUUGAGAUGAUGAAAUGUACCCCCCUCUGGUGGGAGUCCUUGUUCAGAUGUGCUAAUGGCCCCGGGGACAAACCGCUCCUCUGCUCAUGAUGCCGCUGCGUUGUCGGCAGAUGAUGGCGUUCUCCUUUGCCUAGUAGCCAUUCCAAAUGCGCCUCUCUUUUCAAAUCCACUAAGUGUGGCUGGACACCUUUGCACUGUUUACAUUGUUAGCCAUGCUAGCCACCCAGCCAUAAUUAGAAGUUAGGUAGCAGCUUAGCUUGUCAGACAGCAGGCCCACCCCCUCUGUCAUUUGCACCCUUGUCUGCUGAGGUUGCGCCUCCCCUGAGGUGUAGACCAGUAAUAGAACUAGGGCUGUGCGAUAUGGCCAAAAUAUCAUGUCACAUUAUUUGUUUUAAUGUUUUCACGGUAUACAUUUUUUAAUAAUAAAAGUUCUAAAUUUGCUUUAUGAGUAUUGCGUGACCCUACAGUGGCAACACAUACAUUCUAAGUGAUUUCAACAGGUCUUUCUCCAUUCUGUUUUAUACUGUUCAAUUAAACUUCAACCUAAAAUAAUUUCCUGCAUUUCCAUCAAUUUCUGCAUUUCCUGAACUAAUUUGAGAAUUUCCACACUGCCACAUAGGGCUGCACGAUAUAGGCAAAAAAAUUAGGUCUUAUUUUUAACCAAAUGUUGCAAUUGCGAUUUGACUUGCGAUUUAGAUCAAAACACUUGGGUGAACUGUUGGAAUCAUGGAAAUAGAAUGUUUAUUCUAAUUCUAUAGUUAGAAUAUAAGUAAUAGUUGGCAUUUUGAAUAGUGUUAAAUGCCCAGGAGGAGUUAUUGUGACAGGGUAGGAACCAAAGUGAUGGUCAGUGUUUCCUAGGGGACCCUAUAAUCUUUGGCUACAUUAAAUGUAUCUUCAUGUAGCCAACAUAUUCAUGCUUCGCCUAUACCUCUUUUGAUUUAGAAGAUACUGUUGCACAAACAACAUGCAGAUUUAGGCCUACACCAUCACUGGUAUCAUGCUGUGUUAGCUAGCUACGUUUGCUCUGACAGUACAUUUAUUAGCUAGCUAGCUAACUAACUAGCGGUUAGCAUUAGCGGCUAACAUGAUGUAGCUAAAACGUACUAAGAAAAGACAAACUAGCUGUUUGCAGAUGUAUGAAACACAAACGAAGUGUAAUUAUAGAACGCUUGUGGAUUUAUAUUAAGAAGCAAAGUAGAAACAUCGUUGUCCCAAGCCUUUUUUAAAUAUGCAAAGCGUUAUCUGAUCAGUGACACUACAGAUUUAAAAAAUUGUCGAAGGGCAGUUACACUGGCAAUUAGUUUGCAGUAGUUGCAGCACGAAUGGAAUGCCCAGGCUGUUGGAUGGAACUCUACAUAGGGAAUGAAUUCAUGCGCAUUGUUCUUGACCUUACCACAAUAAGGGCUAGAGCAGCUCUCCAUUCACUGUGUUCAGUAAGGUACAGUUAUGGAACAGUGUUGUGCAACUCCCUCUAUGUUUGUAAUGUGAUUUUAUCCUCCUGUCUCAUGGUCUCCUCUUUAACGAGAUACCGUCAUGGGAUUAAACUCGUUAAGGAGCCACCACUGUUCCCCCACAGCCAGGCGGCUGGCCACAACUUCAGAUCCCCUCUCUGCCUCCCAGACAGUAGCUCCACGCCGGCCAGGUGACUGGGCUGCCUGUAACCCCACUACUCCCUUUAUAGCUGCCCAUAAGGGCUGUCUCUGAUACCCCCCCCCCUACAGUUGCCCUGCUCAGUGUCUUGGGGUUAAUUUAGUUUUGGCUAGUCAGCAGGUUUUCCCUCAGCUGAAUUUAGUCCUGUGUUGUCACAUCCUCAGAGGUCCAGGCAACUUUCCUCUGUUUGCUCCAAGGCAGAUUAUUUUGGAUAUUUUCAUUUUGGCUUUACCAGACCAUAUGUAGGCCUAGCUUUGAGAGAGUGGGAGGAGGGAGAGUGGUGGAGACUUAAUGAGUCAGUUUUUGGUCUACUGGCUUUUCUCUGUUUAUUUUCUCAGCAUCCCGGUAGAAGGUGCAAUAUUCUCUUGUAAAAUCAGCUUUGAAUGUGUGCCAGUUCCUCCGCCAGGCUGCUGUUUUGUAGUCCUACUUAGGAUCUAUUAGUCUCCCUGCCUUUUUAUAGAACCAGUAUAGGCUACUCCCUAAAACAAUUUCCCUGCACUCUAGUAAGCGAUAGGCCCUAUUGUAGCAGAUGCAAUAAACAUUUAUACAGGCCAAUUACUGCAAGGCUAGUAAUGUUGAUAAUGCCUUGAAUAAUAGACUUCCCUGCCUUGCUGGUUCAUUUGUAAAACAUGCAUAUCUCUCACCUUUUGUACCACAGUCCACGCGUUCCACUCAUACAAGCUUUAUGCGCUGCAGCCCAGCCGAAUAAAGGACUAAUUGAGAUCCAUUAUGACAGCAGUGUAUUGUGUGUUACACUGUAAUGGCAUCACAUGGGCUGGACUAAAGGGCAAAGCUUUACUGAACACUGCAGCCAUGGUGCCAUCUGCCCCAACUCUAACCCAAGGCCAGCCUGAACCCAUUGAUUCACUUCUGUAUUGGAAAAAAUCUGUUUAAUUGGACCAUUCAUCAUGCAGUGAGUCAGGGAUUUCACUCGUAGACCCUCACCCAUCCCCCUUUCAAAUGGGGUUUGUUUAUUCCAUGCAGCUAGACGUCAUAGUGACCCAAGGUGUUGUUGAUGAAAGGGAUGGAAAACUCAAUGCAAAGGCUUAUAGUUUAGCUAAAAGUAUUUUUGUCACAACCAUUAACUCCUACUGCACAAUGAGAAAGUAAAACCGAACUGUGGUGAGCUGCAAAACCGAACUGUGGUGAGCUUUAAUUUCUUCCCACGAUUGAAAUGCAGCAUGCAGACAAGCGGUGCUCUGUCAGUGAAUUUGUGCAGGAAUUUUUACCAAGGUCCCCUAGCUGACAGAUCUACGUCCCAUCGUCCCUUGUGUUCUCCUCCGCUGGCGCCAGGCCAGAACUUCUGGCUGGAGUUAACUGCUCCCUGUCCAUCCAGCCUAACACUGUCAGACAGUUGGAAUCUUCUUUUGCCCUUUUAUUUAGUCACGCUUCAGCUCACUAAUCUCAUCAACCAUGACAGGUACAGUGUUAACAAGGCACUUAACCAGCGCUGAUUUAACCAAUGUCGAUCUGUUUCUGAAUAAAAUCAGACUAUUCCUGGACCUUAUGAUAUUUGAUCUUUGUCAAAAUCUUGUUUCUUUUUUAAUGCUGCUUGACUCUCCUUGGCCCUCUCAUGAAUGGAAAAAUAAAGUAAUUUCAUGAACGGAUAGAAAAAGAAAGUCCAGCCUUUUUUGCAGGAGCUGACAAAUGAGGGAUGAUGGUCAUCAUACGAGGAACCCAAAACCUAUAGGACCAGCUGAAGUGUAGUUGGCUUCCACCCCAGAGCACUUAUACUCAUUGUUUAUGUAGUUGAGCACAAUCAACUCACAGCUGAGUAGUCAGACGCACCUUCACCAGUCGCUCCAAAUUUCAGCUGUCUCGCGUUCCAGUCGAGUGUCAACAAGACAUUACACGCCUGUUCCUGCUACAGCCUGUAUCCUGUAUAGUGCCAGCCUAUACCUUAGACAUACUGACCCACAUGGAAAACUUAGGCCCCAUGUUUGCUCUCAGUCCCAGAGCAGUGAUAACAUUUACAAAAUAUAGAAAUAAGCAAUUUGUCAGAGGUCAGACACUCCACAUCAGCCUCUAGUGUAGUCUAUGGAAAAGAGUGCUAGCUUUCCUCCCACUCACUUUGCACAACCAAGUGGAGUAUUUGCUUAAACUACAUGCCUGCAUGGCUUGGAUUUUGACAUCUCACCAUACAAAGGAUGUCAAAUGUCCAUAGCUCGCUUACAACACUGUGUAAACCAUAGGGAGAUUUUAGCCUGUGCUUGUGUAAUAUUCCAGGGCAGAUUUCUGCUGUGUAAAGGGUUUCUGCCGCAUUUUGACUUUUCAUCCAUUGUCGUUAGUUUCAAAUGAAACUCUGGACUGUAGUUCCCCAUUUUGAGUGUGUUCAACGUAUUCACUUAAGGCCAUGUGUGUCAAGCAUGUGUAUAUGGUGUGUCCAGUUUCAGCUAAUUUCAGGGUUCCAUUUUCAUGUCUUUUGAAUCACUUCUGUAAUGUUCUAAUGUUGGUUCCCUGGGGUUUAAUGCCAGACAGGCAGCAUUAUUUCCUGACUCUUUCUGCCUUCUGCUGCUCUUUGUAGCCUAGAUAAUCUCAAGUGUUUAUAGGGACGUGCCUCUCUUUAAGUAGCCGUUAAUCCACUGAGGCCAGACUAACAGUGGUCACCGUUACACUCCGCCCCCCACCAGGCGUGGACAUCGAGGCGGCCAGGAAGGAGGAGGAGCGGAUCAUGCUGAGGGACGCCCGGCAGUGGCUCAACAGCGGAACCAUCAACGAUGUCCGACACGCCAAGUCCGGGGGGACCGCACUCCACGUCGCCGCCGCCAAGGGAUACGCAGAGGUUUUAAAGUAAGUCCAGACUCCUUACCUCGCCUUUACCUCUAACAAGCUGUCGCCAAUCUUUGGAUAUUUUUUUUAUUAUAGACGUAUCACCUUUAUUAACACAGAUUUUUAAAAGAUAUUUCCACGUACAUAUUGUCGUUAUUUUAGUCCGUGUUAGGUAUUUGUUGUUCUUAGGUGGAUGCUGCUUAUAGCCAUGUCCCUUGUGGGAUUUUACUACAUUACUGUAUCAAUGGUUAUCAAGAGCACAUCUCCAGCUCUGGCCUGUCAGUACAGACAGACUGCCUAAGGUAGGGACUACAGCACCCUAUUCAUCUGCUCCUGGGAAUGCAGCCAACAGUCUCCCACACACUCCACUGCCAUAGUUGGCUAACACUAACAUCUACCAUGUUGAGUACCAGAUACUCUGAGAGAGGUCAACAUUUUUCCUGUCCUGCAAGACGUUUAUUGACUGAAAUAUGGUUCUUAAACCUUUUGCACAAAUGUAUUUGCGCUUAUGCAAAUAGUUGAUAGAAUACUUUUUGGUUUAUUUGUGCCUAACUAAUAGGAAAUACAGCCAUAAUGCUGGCACAGUAACAAAAGCCUGGACACUGGCAACGACUGAUAAGAUUAGGUUGCAGCACCAAAUCCAAGAAAACAAGAUUUAGCUAAAUCUCAUAAACACUAUGAGAUUUAGCUAAUCCCACCCCCCCUGUGCCCCCCAGGCUUUUAAUCCAAGCAGGGUAUGAUGUAAAUAUUAAAGACUUUGACGGCUGGACCCCGCUCCACGCUGCUUCACAUUGGGGCAAAGAGGAGGCCUGCAGGAUACUGGUGGAGAACCUGUGUGACAUGGACCUUAUCAAUAAAGUGGUGAGUAGUACUUCUACUGAGUCUCCGUCCUCUUUCCAUACCUUCUAAGGUUCAGUUGAAUAUGGAGCAUGUACUGUACUCUUCAUGUACAGUACUGCACAUAUGUGCUCUUCUCAUAACACUAGUUCUGAGAAUUGUGUGUUUCCUCUUCAGGGUCAGACAGCUUUUGAUGUGGCAGAUGAAGAUGUCCUUGGCUACUUAGAGGAAUUACAGAAGAAGCAGACUCUGGUAAGCCAGUGUGUGUGGCUAAUGCUUUCGUAAGAGCUUUCAUUUGAGCCUGGAUGAACUGCAUAACCUGUUAUUAUAGCUUUCAAAAGUGAAACUGAGUCACUGGUAUAUGCCUUGCAGGUGUAAGCAUUGCAGAAGCCCUUGAUCAAAUCUGACAAGUUCUGGCGUUAGGUACUAACUGCCGUCAAUCAUUAUGCAUUUUCUUCUCCCAUUGCAGCUCAAUAGUGAAAAGAAGGAUGUUAAGAAGUCUCCCUUGAUAGAAACGACAACCACUGGGGACAACAAUCAAAAUCUAAAAUCCAUUAAGAGGUAAAUGUCCUGGUCGGGGGGAAAUGGGGUGACAUAAGGGAGUCACUCAGUGAAAAACGGUCCUAUAAUGGAUUCUCAGUCUUUUAUGCAUCAAUCCCCAGGGUAGGUCUAGGCCACGGGGCAAACCAUGGUUAAAGUGCCUGUUAGCGCUAAGUCAUUGAGGCACUCUGAUAAUACAGAGGUGAAUGAGUUUAUGGGUAAUGUUACUCUGAAAUGGAGCACAUGUCUUUGUAGUCUAAUAAUAAUGAAUCCAUGCAGGCUGAAAGUACCAAACGUUCUGUGUGUGUUCCAGCAAAGAGACCCUCCUCCUGGAGCCCGAGAAGCCCGCCCCGCGCAUCGAGACCCUGGAGCCGGAGAAGGUGGACGAAGAAGAGGAGGGCAAGAAGGACCAGGAGUCCAGCUGCUCCAGCGAGGAGGAAGAGGAGGAAGACUCUGAGUCUGAGACUGAAGCCGGUACGUUCCACCUACUGUAAUGGUACAAUAACCUCAAUGGCAGGCAGGGUGUUUCUAAACCUUCACCUGAUUUCAAUCUAAGCCAUUAGCACAGAGUCCAAGUCUGAAGAAGACCUUAGACCCUGUAUACAUUAGUUGAACACAUUGUAAAUGUUGUAGUGUUUUGUAGAUGUACUCUUUUGAACUGUGUCUGUAUACACUUAUUGCAACAUCAUCAUGAACAUUGUUGUCUGUGACAUCACCUAUGGUCGUUAUCUUUAUGAAAAAGUAUAAACACAAAAACGACAGUCUGCAUGACAUCAGCAAAAUAUGGUCCAAAAAGCAUUCCUGCUCUAUUUUAACACCAACAAACCCAUCCGUUAAAAAAAUUAUUUGGUACAUGUCAAUCUAGCAAGCCAGACAACUAAAAAUACACAUUUCUAAAGAGGGGUUUGGCGCUAGCAAUUUAGCUAGCUAGCUAACCAGUUCAUAUGAUCAUCAGACCAAAUCUUACAAACAACAGUUGCAACGAUGGUCUGCAGACAGUCGACCUGAGUAUAAAUUAUACCCAUCACUAUCCCUGUUAUCGAAUGUUGAUUUUUGCCAACGACACUUGUCUCAUUUGUGGUUAGACUAAGUAUAAACCAGCCUUUAUGCAUCAGUAACUGGGGCGGCAGGUAGCUUAGUGGUUAAGAGUGUUGUGCCAGUAACCGAAAGGUUGCUGGUUCUAAUCCCCGAGCCGACUAGGUGAAAAAUCUGUCGGUGCCCUUGAGCAAGGCACUUAACCCUAAUUGCUCCUGUAAGUCGCUCUGGAUAAGAGCGUCUGCUAAAUGACUAAAAUGUAAAAAUUUAACUCAUCCUAUCUAUUCCUCCAUUCCAGACAAGAGCAAGAUUCCUGUCCCUGUGAGCAACAGUAACGGCACUACUGUGGUGCCAGCGCCGACCAGCGUUACGGCGUCCUCCACCUCCCCAACCAGCCCCACUAACCAGGUGACUCCCACCUCGCCUGUCAAGAAGGUACGGCCUGGUGGAUAGGUCCACUGCAGUCCUCCACUAGUCCUCUUCAGCCUCUUCUGCAGAGAGUUUAUCACGCCUUUACAGCUCCCACUACAGAAGCACUCUUUCUAGAGAUUCACAUGACUGAUCAAGUGGUUCCGUGUCCCAGAAGUUAGUUAGUUAUAGAACCUAAGAGGAAGGUUUAACCGCUGAUGCGUUAGGAUGUAACCUGUCAUCCGGGAUACAUAUCCAUGCCUGAGCUCACCGUUAUACAGGUCGAUAUAAUUCAGUCUAUUUAGUUAAAGCUUUAACACAAACCCACGUUUCACGCUUGGCUCAAGUUACACAGGGUUUACUUAAAGGGGGUUACGUGGGAUUUGACGCCCGUCACAUGAGUAGUACAACACUUGGGUAGGUUUUGUUGUCGCCGCCGCCAAGGUACACUGUGAACAGAAACUAGUGUCACAGAGGCCCAGGGCGCUAUAGUUACGAUUAGUUGAACAGGAGCUCUGGUCUUCAACAAACAUGGCAGUGGUUGUACAUGGGGUGGGUAGCCAUUGCUCGAUGGUGUUAACGGUACACUGUAACACUGUUGACCACGGGUAAGGGCAUCAGUCAGAUAUUUUAGCAGUGUUGAUUAUUACAAGACACAAUGAGGAUGGGGAAUUUUAUCAUUCAAAAAUGGCCCCACAGUUUCCCUAUGUCUGCUGCCCUCUGCAGUGCAGAUGUGGCAUUGCAGCUGACUGAAUGUACUCAGUGACCUCAGUAAUACUGUGCCUUUCAGUGUUGGCCUGUUACUCUCUUUAGAGGGCACUUGUGCAUUAUCCCCUCAUAAGACCUGAGGCGGUGGACUUUAUAGUAAUAGUAGUUUGUAGUAUCUUGCCUUCAACACAACUGGCACAGUAUCAUUCAACUAGAGAAAAUAACUGUUAAGCUACAAACAAUACCCUGUCUAUACUUCCCUUCUGUUUUUGCGUCUCGUUAAGGUCCAACAUUUUGAAACGGUCACGUUUUCCCUUUGUAAGUUGAAGUUAUGUGCCUAAGGAAAUUUCUCCCAUUGGAUGUAUCCUCCCAUCUGAUUGCAUUUUCUUGGUGGACUCUGCAUUCAAACCGAAGUCAAGACUAUGAAAUAUACCCAUCACUAUCCCUGUUAUCCAUAUUUCCUGUUAUCUCUCUUGUAGAAAUGCUCUCAAUCCCCUCCUACUUUAAUGCCUAGCACAGACACAACACAAUGUCUUCUGUCUAACAAGAGUGAUCAAAACAAUUAACAAUGUCCGCUUUGAGACUAGCAUUGUCUUGUCUUUUCAAAAAGCCUCUCGUGUCCUGCGAGAGCUGUCACUCACUCAACCAAUAGAAACGAUUGACCCGCUGGUCAGUAAACCUUGUGUGGUGUGAUCAGGCCUUAAAAUAUAUAUUUGUCUCUCUCCGUCUGUGCUAGGAACUGUAUCUUUGCUGCUGCUUCUGUCUCUGUACUCUGUUUCUGUUUCUCUCUUACUCUCCCUUUCUACUAGUAUUUUUGUCUCUCUGUCCGCCCCUCUCUCAUCAUGGCUCUUGUCUUGGUUGGCUUUAGUCUGAUUAUAUUACUGCCCUCAUGCCUGUGGCGGAGCCAAGCUGUCCUGCAUUGUGGCGUCAAGGCUUGCGCAAAACUGGCAUUUCUCUUGUGCCCAAAAAACCCAUGGUGAGGCAUUGGUGUGUGUUCCAGAGUUAUUCGUUACCCUGCCCUUGUUACCUCCGCACCAAACGACAACUUGCCUAAUCACCUAACCUCAAUGGCACAUCCAGUCAACACUCUUGAUAACCCCCCUAGUGACAUUUUGUUCUGCAUGGGUCUUCAAACACACUGUCCUAAAAUGCUUUCUCUGUGUGUCUGUGGCUCAUGUGCUCCAACUAGUAUGUGGUCUAUUUGUCUCUGUUGCCGUUUAUGUUUGCAGUGUAACAGUGUGCCCAAGGCUUGUGUUAGCCCUCUAAACCCUAACAGGUUGAAUUGACCCAGUCCCAUCCAUCCAUGCACUAACUGGAGUUUAUCAGUGAACUGUGUUUAUUCUCUUUGGUGUCUGAUUGUAGACCUGCCGCUCAGUGUAGUUUGUACUCUGUCCCUCAGUCAAAAGUCUAAUAUCUGAGUUGAUUUAUUUUACCUUUUAUUUUAGCUGGGAGUCCCAUUUGAGACCAAGCUCUCUUUUUCAAGGGAGACGUCGACUAGAUGUGGUUAUAUUAUUUCUAGGGGUACAAGUCACUUGUAGUGUUUUCAGCAUGUCUCCAGACUUUCAGUUCCCCCUUCAACAUGCGCCUGUACUCAAAACGUCCCCUGCAUUUUGUUGUCAAUCCAUGACACGUUCUCAAGCGCUGCCCGAGAUCAGACAGUAGCCUCUGCAGAUUCAUUCCACACCAAAACUCCUUUGCUUUUUGACCUCUUGAUUAACCUCUGUUGACUGCUGUGUUGUUCACCCCAGAAAACUAAACCCCGGACUGCUGCCUUCGUCUGCUCUCUGUAUAAACCCCCUUUAUUAACGAGUCUAAGCUAACCACUAACCCCUCUCUCCCUCUCUCCCCCAGGUGGCCCAGCAGGUGUCCCCUGCCGGUAAGGUCUCUCCUAAAGAGGUCUCCCCUAAAGAUAAACAGGAGGAUGACAAGACUAAGAAAUCGGACGUGUCCCCGGCGUCGUGGCGCCUGGGCCUGAGGAAGACAGGCAGCUACGGGGCGCUGGCGGAGAUCACAGCCACUAAGGAGGCCCAGAAGGAGAAGGACACAGCCGGGGUGAUGCGCUCGGCCUCCAGCCCCCGCCUCUCCUCCUCCCUGGACAACAAGGACAAAGAGAAGGUCAGUAGCUAACUAACGCCACACUGUCUGACCCAGGCAUCAGUCCCCAUCUGACCCAGGCAUCAGUCCCCAUCUGACCCAGGCAUCAGUCCCCAUCUGACCCAGGCAUCAGUCCCCAUCUGACCCAGGCAUCAGUGCCAUCAUAAUGUGUCCCUAACUGACCUAGUCAUUAGUGCUGACACUAUAUCAUCAUAUACUUACUGUAUGUCCCUGUAGGACCCACUCAGUACCCCUACUAUAACAUAAUGUGUCCCUGUCUAGCCUAGUCAAUAGUGCUGAUACUACUAUAUAUAAAGCAUAUAGAUAUGCUUUAAUGUGUACAAAGCAGCUGGUCAUAUAGCACGAUUUGAAACGGAUGUCAUCGUUCAUAUUAAGAUGAAGUUGAUGGUUCACCGUUCCAGACUGUUUUGAAAAGUUGCAUUGCUAGAUUGAAGUUGAAAUCCACAGUCGACUGAGACUAGUUUGUUGGCUGGGGGUAUGUAUGUAGCAUGCUUUUGUGUUUAGGAGCUCAAGCAAAUGCCUACAAUGUUGUUUCAUGUGCAGGAAAAAGACAAAGGAGCCAGACUUGCCUACGUUGCCCCCACCAUCCCCAGGAGACUGGCCAGUACAUCAGACGUUGAUGAGAAGGAGAACAGGUGAAGCGCCAGCGUUGUCCCUCUGAAGGGAAAAGUGCAUUGACAGGAGCGCCACCUGCUGUUCACUGCUGUGUGUUACAGGCCAAAAGCAGCACUGCAUGUUGUGGCUUAAUGUAGCUGCUCUGCUGCCUCUAAGUACUUCAGUUUACAAUGAAAAAUCCUCAUACAUAUUUCUAUCAAGUGUAGCAAUUAGUUACAGGAAAAUAAUAUUCUCACAAUGUUCACAUUUGGCCAGCAUCAGAUUGACAAGAAUAGAAUAUACAAAUAUCAGUCAUUGAUACUUUGUUAGUCAUUGUGAUUUACAUUUCAAUCUUAGAAUUUAUCGAAUAUUUACUUGUUGUAGCACAAGGCUGCUGGUCCUUGCCUGUAUAUUGUGGAGCCCUAGGUGCUAUUGUAGUGUGUGGUUCCAAUCCCAGGGACUCUGCUGCUAGUCUGGUACGUAGCGGCUCCUACACCAGGAGACGCUGGGACGAUGAGCUGAAGAACAGUGAAGGAAGCGCUUCCACCAACCGAACAACACCCAGCUAUCAGCGCAGGUUAGCCACGCUUCACUAUAUGCUACCCCUCAGAGUCCUCAACCUGACCGAAUCACUACACCAGAUCAGUGCGCCAUCUUCAAUUCAUUCAGUACUAGUUCUGGACAUAGUUGUUAAAAAUUAAUAACCAAACUAACAAUGUCGUGGAGAUAUCCAGUUACACUUUAGUUGACUCUUAGUAGUUUUGCUCAUUCCUCAUUUCGAUUUGAUUUCGGAGUGUCAUUUGAAAAACGUGCAUGUACAUGCUUAACAUGCAAACAGCUACUGAGAAAAGCCAUGCAAAUCAGUCCAACGGCUCUCUGUCACAAACGCCACAGUCUCUUGCAUGACUGUACUAGUCCUGUCAGGUUUCUGUGCCUUUAGUUUCUCUAUACUACACACCAGGUUCUACAUUACUAUCUGCCAUUGUCACGCUCUUACAGCCUGCAAGGUUCCAAAACUACAUUACCCAGAAUCCAUCCCUAUGACGCAAGAAACCGAGACAUGGACCAAGUGUAUCAGAGCUUAGUUUUUAUACAUGUUAUGCAUGUGUAUGUAUGUUAUAUAAAUGUGUGUGAGUUUGUGCACCCUCUUGCUAACAUGCCAAUCUCGUCCCCACACACUGCCAGCACGUCCCACACGCUAACGCUAGGGCGGAGCGGCAGCACGCGGGACGUGCCAGCCAAGUCCUCGUCCGCCUCCAGCUUGGACCCUAACACCUGUAACACUAAACUCUGGCAGUCGCCCGCCUCCCAGUCUUACAGCAUUUACCGCAGGUAUACCACCAGCCCCCACUCAACAACAACCUCUCCACCUCCACUGUCUGUCACCUGUCUGUCGGUCUCGGCUACAUAAGUGUUGUGCAGUUCAAUGCGUCUUUGUGACUUUGUGUUGUUCUCUUGACCAUCCCAUCAACUAAAGAGAGAUCAACCCCAUUUUGGAACACUGGUUAUUGGCUAAUGGAGAGGAAUUCGUCUUCAAAGGCCAUAGUGUUAACUGUUUUUGAUCGCCUAGUUUUCAGAACAUGUCAUUCCUGUUACUGUUUUACUAAAGGUAUGGGUAAUGGGUCCUCUCCUUUCCAUCCUAUCUUUCACUCUCCUUCCCUCGUUCUCUUUCCCGUUCUCUCGUUCCUUCUCUGACUGUUGUCCCACUGGUAUCCACAGUGGUUCCUUUGGCAGGAGGCACGAGGACCUGGGUUCGACCACCUCUUCCUCCACUAGCACCACCACCACCUCGUCUGUUACCUCGCCCACCGGCCACCGUGACCGAAGCCUGCUCUCCAGCCUGGGCUCCUCCACCCGCACCGGAUCCUCCAGCCUCACCAGCAGGUACACACACACACACACACACACACACACACACGUAACACAUGCAUGUAACACGCACAGGGAUCUCCCCAGAGAAUGUAAGCGGGGUGCUGCGGCACUAUGUAAAAUAAAUGCGUCUAAAAAAAAAAGUUUUAUUUUAUUUGUUAUCAUAUAAUUUUUUGGCUCUAGAUUGUGGGAAAUGGCAGUUACAGGUGUUAAAAAAUUCAAAAAUCUCUGCGCCAAAGGGGGACACUGCCCCCCUCCGAGCAGAACCCCCCUCCGUAUUCAGCAGCACCACCUUGUUAAAAAAUCCUGGGGAGGACCCUACACACACGUGCAUAUAAAUGUAAAAAUGUUAGUCCUAUUUUGAAGUCCUGUGUGUACAAUUGUGUGUGGAUCAGGUACUGGGCAGAGGAGAGUGCGGAGAGGGAAAAGGAGCGUGAGAAGGAGUCUGCGGCUGUCAUCCCUACGAUUAACACUGGUUCUACCACCACCACAACGUCCACUACUGGCACUAUCAUUGGCUCUGACGGCAGGGAGAGACGCAGGUCCGACACGCGCACGUACGCGCAACCCCCACCUACACACACAUACUCUGAAAUGCAAACAUGGACACACACAUGGAUGCCCACACGUGGCACCCACAGGAGAAAACAAGGAUGCCACUGAUACACACCUUUUUUACACACAACUCAUGAUUCUUCACUUGUUUAUACAACUACAAACAAUGUAAUAACUGCAGUCUCUCAGAAAGCAGAAUAUCUUGAAGCUAGCAGGAUCCUGUGCUAUUUGAGAUUGCAUUGCCUCUGUUUGAGAAUUGGGGUGUGGUCUCCUCCAGUGUGUACACACUGGAGGAGGAGCGGGAGUCUGUUAAAAUGAAUGGGGUUAAGAGCUCGUCUUCCUGUGAAGUCACUGCUGCUGAAAGAAGCCACCUGUUCUGGGAGGGGUCUAGAACCCUGACUGCUUCAGAAAGUUCUCCUUAUAAGGAAGAUGGGUUUCUCUAGGCCAUGCCAAGGCUCACAAGUGAUUGAGUUCAUAUUCUUGUAUGGGAUGGAAGAAACACAUUCCCUCGUCAAAGAAAGCACUAGACUUACCGGUCUUUGCGCCCUCAAUAUUAGCCAUUUAUUUUAGACUGAUGCUAAAUAAAAGGUGAAAGGAGAUAAAAUAUCUCCACAGCUGAUAGUACAAUACAAAUCUGGAUGAUUAAACGGAGGGGAACAGAAAGAAUACCUGGAUGUUAGAUUUAGUCAUUUUAGAUUUGGCUACUUACUUGAAGUGUUGUCAGUCUCAUUCUAUCAUCCUCAUGCUUACGUGUGGCUUUAGCCUGUCCUUGUUUGUGUUGCAGCUCCUACCUCACGCCUGUCCUUGUUUGUGUUGCAGCUCCUACCUCACGCCUGUCCUUGUUUGUGUUGCAGCUCCUACCUCACGCCUGUCCUUGUUUGUGUUGCAGAUCGUACCUCACGCCUGUCCGGGAUGAAGAGUCUGAGUCCCAGAGGAAAGCCCGCUCCAGACAGGCUAGACAGUCCAGGAGGUCUACCCAGGUUAGUCUAGACACUUGUCCUGACUCUGCUUCUGAACUGGGCCUGAAUGGCUAACCAAAUACUUGCUGGGGUUUACAAAAAGAAAACAACAUGCUGAUAAAUGCAGUUUCAACUGAGUCACUUCUCAUUGGACUUUGUAAUGGUUCAUGGUUAGUCCAUUUAUCUACUACAAGAGUCAUAUAUAUAUAUAUAUAUAUAUAUAUAUGUGGCUUGGGGUAAUAUAGCUGAACUGAUUGUUGUUUAAAAAAAGUUAUUGCCAGUUUGUUUUAUUGCCGAAACAAACACGUUUGUAUAAGCUGGCACACAUUGCUAAGCGUGGCAAGUUUUAAUGAGGAGAUUGUUUACAAGCCAUAGGAAAUUGGGCUAUUCCUUUUCCUCUCCCCCAACAAGCUCAACUUUCCAUGCUGUCGCUAAUACUACCUGAAAUAACUAAAUAUGGUGCAGCUUAAAAUGCCCUAUUAAAUUGUCUACUUUUUAUAACAUAAAUAAUGUUCACAGUGCAGUAAGUGAAUGCCUGAAAUUAGUUGUAAAUGUUCCUCUUCCAAAACGCAGAUAACUGCCAUUUUGUAGUUUUUUCCCUCCAUGAAGAAAUCAAAAUGGCCCAAUAAAAACAUUGCUCCUCUAACCCUUUUCGACACAGAGAUUCACUCAAUUCUCUCCAUUUCCUCUCAGGGUGUGACUCUGACUGACCUCCAAGAGGCAGAGAAGACCAUUGGCAGGAGCCGCCCCACACGGACCCGGGAGGAGGAGAAGGAAGAGACUGAGAAACAAGACAAGGAGAAGAAGGAGACUGGUGAGACCAAGGAGGACGACUACCGGUCCAGGUACCGCAGCUUCGAAGAGGUAUGUGAAGGCUUCCCCAAUAGUUAUUUACUAUGCUAUAUUAUACAUUUGGAAAAACAACAUAUCAUGUGUUUACUGGUGAAGUGUAAACUGAAAAUCACUUUUGAGAUUUCAGAAUAAAUUAGUCUUUUUUUGUGCAGUUUUCCUCAAGCCCAGGUUGAUUGAUCUGAAGACUGUAACCAUUCCUGACUUCCUGUUCUCUUUCUCCUCUCUCCAGACUUACCAGCGAUACCGUCCCUCCACCACUUCAACCACCUCCACCCUGAGCACGGCCUCCACCCCGUCCUCCUCCACUUCCCUGUCCACCUCCUCCAGCUCCCUCAACAGGCCCAACAGCUUGACGGGCAUCACUUCCUCCUCCAGCUCCCUCAACAGGCCCAACAGCCUGACGGGCAUCACUUCCUCCUCCAGCUCCCUCAACAGGCCCAACAGCCUGACGGGCAUCACCACCUCCUACAGCCGCUCCUCUAGGGACACUGAGAAAGGUAAGCCAUGAGAGCAGAGCUACGGGUUCAGAUCUCUAAAUGCUAUGGAUUGUUAUUAAACCUCAUAUGUUACUGCCAUUCGGUGUAUCAGUAUGAUAAAUCUAUGUACUCGCAUACCAAACUGUAAGCAUACUGGACACACUGUCAGCAGUGCAUUGAUUGUGACUGAGUAGACGCACAUGCACACACUGAGAUACUCAUGCUUUCAACAUCAGAUCUAUUCAUUGAAAAAAAUAAGCUUGAGUUCUGCUGAUGUUGAAUGUAUUCCCACAUUGAGGUAUGGCCAGAGUAUCUAUCAUUAUUAGAUGUAUAGCGCCUUCAGAAAGUAUUUGUUUUUGACAUAUUCUACAUUUUGUUGUUACAGCCUGAAUUCAAAAUGGAUUAGAUUUUUUCUCAGCCAUCUACACACAAUAUCCCAUGACAGUGAAAACAUGUUUUUAGAAAUGUUUCUUUGAUUUUAUUGAGUUAUAGUUCAUAUAAGGAAAUCAGUCAAUUUAAAUAAAUUCAUUAGGCCCUAAUCUAUGGAUUUUACAUGACUGGGCAGCGGCGCAGCCAUGCGUGGGCCUGGGUCGGCAUAGGCCCACCAACUAGGGAGCCAGGCCCAGCCAAUCAGAAUGAGUUUGUCCCCACAAAAGGGCUUUAUUAUAGACAGAAAUACUCCUCAGUUUCAUCAGCUAUUCGGGUGGCUGGUCUCAGACGAAUCCCGCAGGUGAAGAAGCCGGAUGUGGAGGUCCUGGGCUGGCGUGGUUACACGUGGUCUGCGCUUGUGAGGCCGGUUGGACAUGCUGCCAAAUUCUCUAAUGACGUUGGGGGUGGCUUAUGGUAGAGAAAUUAAAAUGUAUGUCUCUGGCAACAGCUCUGAUGGACAAUCCUGCAGUCAGCAUGCCCAUUGCAAAACUUAAGAAAUCUGUGGCGUUGUGUUGCGUGACAAAACUACACAUUUUAGAGUGGCCUUUUAUUGUCCCCAGCACAAGGUGCACCUGUGUAAUGAUCAUGCUGUUUAAUCAGCUUCUUGAUAUGCCACACCUGUCAGGUGGAUGGAUUAUUUUGGCAAAGGAGAAAUUCUCACUAACAGGGAUGGCAACAAAUUUGUGCUUAUGGAAAUGUAGGGAUUCGUUUAUUUCAGCUCAUGAAACAUGGGACCAACACUUUACAUGUUGCAUUUUAAUAUUUUUGUUCAGUGUACAUAAGUAUUCACACCCCUUUGCUAUGACACUCCAAAUUGUGCUUAGGUGCAUCCAAUUUCCUUUGAUCAUCCUUGAUGUCACUACAACUUGAAUGGAAUCCACCUGUGGCCAAUUCAAUUGUUUGGACAUGAUUUUUAGAAAGAAACACACAUCUAUAUAAGGUCCCACAUUGCAUGUCAGAGCAGAAACUAUACCAUAAAGUCCAAGGAACUGUCCAUAGCACUCCAAGAGAAUUGUGAUGAGGCAUAUAGAAGGAAGGGUAUAAAACAAUUUCUAGAGUUUUGAAAGUUUCCAAGAGCACAGUGGUCUCAAUCAUUGGGAAAUUAAAUGUCUGGAGAAAACCAGGCACAGCUCAUCACCCGUCUAACACCAUCCCUACCGUGAAGGAUGGUGGUGGCAGCAGCAUGCUAUUGGGAUGCUUUUCAGCGGCAGGGACUGGGAGACUGGUAAGGAUAGCAGGGAACAAUGAAUGGAGACAUACAGGCAUAUUCUUGACGAGAACUUGCUUCAGAGUGCAAAUGACCUUAGACUGGGGCAAAGAUUAACACUCCAACAGGACAAUGACCCCAAGCAUGCAGCCAAAGCAACGCUGAAAUGGCUUCAGAACAAGAAUGUGUAAGUCCUUGAGUGGCCCAGCCAAAACCCAGACUUGAAAUCUGUGGAAAGACUUGAAGAUUGCUGUUCACCGCCGCUCCCCAUCUAACUUAACAGAGCUUGAGAAAAUCUGCAAGGAAGAAUGGGAGAAAAUCCUCAAAUCCAGAGGUGCAAAAGCUGUAAACGCCGCCAAAGGUGCUUCUACAAAGUAUUGACUCAGGGGUGUGAAUACUUAAUAUGUUGUGAAAUCUGUUAUAAUGUAUUGUAAUGUUUUUUUAAAUGUAUAGCUGCCUUAAUUUAGCCAGACCCCAGGAAGAGUAGCUGCUGCCUUGGCAACAGCUAAUGGGGAUCCAUAAUAAAAACAAAUGUAAAUUAGGUUUUUGUGUUUCAUUUUCAAUAAAUCUAAAAACAUGUUUUCACUUUGUCAUUAUGGGGUAUUUUGUGUAGAUGGGUGAAGAAAUAAUCCAUUUUGAAAUCAGGCUGUAACGCAAGAAAAUGUGCAAUAAGUAAAGGGGUAUGAAUACUUUCUGAAGGCACUGUAUCUAAUAGCCAUGUGAGCACAGACAGGUUAACCUGAAUUCCACCCAGGCAGCAUUGGUCCCUCGAAGAUUGGGUUGCCUUAAAUGAAAUGGUUUCUCAUCUCAGAGACUAAAGCACAUUGUCUCACGUCAGAUGGUGUCAUUUUAACACGACACGCAGUUGCUAGGAGCCAUCUGUCUAACCAAACGUGGAACCCCUCUCUAAAAAUUUUGAUUUUGCUCAUCCGCUUAACACUAGUUCCUAAUUCUGAAAAUCACUCCGCUCUCCAUAGCGAUGACGCACUGGCUACUACGGCAAACCAUGCUCGGUCAGCUGAGCAAACUUUAAAUUAAGCUUUGAUGGAAUGAAACUUUGAUGUCAGCACAUACACUGACUGUAAUGAACACUAUUGAUAAACUACAUGAGUCACCAGUUAGGCUCCUCAGUAAAGUCAAAUGCAAUUCGAAAAUUUGAUUUUGAGUUGACAAUGUGAAUUGGAAUUGACCCCAAAUGUGCUAGGUGAGGUGCAUGUGGCUCACUCGGUCUCUUUGUGAUUGACAGAAUCAGACAAGAAGCAGCAGCAGGAGGAGGAGAAAGAGGGAGAGGAUAAGUCCCAGCCCCGCUCCAUACGGGAUCGCCGGCGGCCCCGUGAGAAGAGACGCUCCACCGGGGUGUCCUUCUGGACCCAAGAUGGGGUUAGUGACACACACACACACUUUAAUGUGGACAUGCCUCAAGUAUAAUGAUCAGAGCCCACUUGACCCACCCAUAAGGCAAUAAAGAUACAUGUCAGUUUUGAAGUAAAAAGCUAUUUUAUGGAUUUAGCAGUACAACUACUCAUGUGGUACUACACUGAAGUGCACCUCAUGAAACACCUCUGGGUCUAGCUGAUUGGGGAUUUGGAGCCAGACUUUGGAUUUGUUCUGAGAAUAACUGUGUCCUGGGGCUGUUCCUGACUUCAUGUCCCUCCUUGUAUUCCAGAGUGAUGACAAUGACCCAGACCAGUCGGCGGACUCAGAGGAAGGCAGCAUCAAGGGUGAACCUCAGGUAACCUCAGUCCACACAACCAUAUAGAAAUAAACCCACAAUAGAUGCGGUAAAGAUGUCAAUGAACGCAGGAUGCUGUGAUGCCCUCAUUGGCGUAAAUUCAACAAAUCUGAUCGAACUAAGUGUAAAUUCGUCAAGUCCUUAAUGAUUUAUGUAUUGAUUUGAAACAGGCUCACAAUGUGGUUACUAAAGUCUGUUUUUCGCUGCAUAACAUUUAGAAGUUGUCCCUUUUCACGUUUUCAAGAUGUGACUGCUAAAUGCUAACUCCUGUUCGUAUGAGCUGGUAGCAUAGCUAGCAUACAGAAAUCGGUUAUGGAAGUCAGUCGUUUUUAACUCGAAUACAGUUGAUUGGUGACGAUGACAUGGACAUAUAUUGGGGUUGACAUCCAUACAAGUAUUAUACUCAGAUUUGUACCUCAACAUCUUGUUAAAUAUACAUAAACAAUAGCCUACAUAGAGGCUGUUCUUGCUGGGGGGGCAAUGAGGAUAUUCAAGACCUUUCCCCCACUCGUUUCCACUGCAUUUCCAUUGUUUUGGUUGAGUUCCAUUGACCUCUUUACUGCAACUGUCUGUGGUCAAACCUCCAGCCUGAGACCCAAACUAAAGGAUAGACUGUUUUGAUAAAACACAUGCUUUUUAGUGACUGACCAGUGUUUUUUGGUGGUUCAACCACCCCAAUCAACUUCUUCCUGUAGUGUUUGCUCUCUCACUCUCUUUUGUGUAUAGUCAUGGCCAAGCAAGUGCCUCUGCUUUUCCUUUAUUUGUCCUAUUUUGGCCAACUUUGGUACUGUAAAUACCUCUGACUUUGGAUUUAAUGGUUCCUCCUUUCCUGUGAUUGUCCUGUUGCUAAGGUGACCUCAAACCCAAAACACUCUCCACCGUAGUUCAGUAAGUUCCAAAACAAGCCACCACACAAAGGAAAUGUGUCUUGCUCAGGUCAAAGGUUGAACGUACAGGCAGUUUUCACUACUAGGAACAUUCUGCGAAUGGAGGAGAAAGUGGAAGGAAUUAAAACAUUCUGGACUAGUUACUUUUUUGGACUAGUUAUUGAAAAAUGACAAAAAUUCUUAUUUUUCACAUGCAGUGAAAAACAUCAGAUAUUCUGGCAUCUGCUAGGACUUAAUUUUAGUGGACAGGACAUCCACCCUGUAAUCAUAGCUAAAGAACCCCCUACAGAGUUCCUUUGUAGCUUUGAGAGGGGAAGGUCAGUGUGACUAACAAAAAAUGGGUUGGGCCUCUUUGUAUGUAAGGGGAGAGCAGCAUUUUCUUGUUUAUCUACAAAGCACUCAUGCUUUGUAGAUAAACAAUAUCUACUGUAUCAUUAAUUCAAUUUAGACUUACAAAUUACCAAGCCCAGUCUCAGGCUUGGAUGCUGCUGGAGGCCCCUUCAGUCUCCACAGAGUUGAGUAAAGCUACUUUUAGUGGGUUUUUUUUGCGACCUUUAUUUGGAACAACUUACAGAGCUCUCUGAAAUUAGAUCUUCUCGUCCUCCUUGGUCAGUUCAGAGUAAUGAUCAGUGACCUCUGUUGAUAAAUCUCUGUUUUAUUUACAUUUACGUCAUUUAGCAGACGCUCUUAUCCAGAGCGACUUACAAAUUAAUACUUUUUGUAUUGUGUCUGUUUGAUGUAUUUAUGCAGGGCUCAUCUGUAGGAGACCCUAGUCUCAGUAUGACUUCCCUGUCAAAAUAAAGGUUAAGUAAGAUGGAGUCUCCCUGGCUAGGUCUUCCUGUUUUUGGAAGGGGUGUGUCCUGUGUAGUGCUGCAGAGCGGAGCAGACAGCGAUGUGGCCAGGCGCUUGGCUGCAGAUCAGACGCACACAGUGGGAGGAGGGGGGCAGGCGGACGGAGCAACCAGACAGAAAGCCAGCGUAUCUCUUUGUUGUUGGAGGCUGCACAUUGGGGCGGGGCCAGAACGGAACACCAAAUAGGAAAUGGUCCAUUAUCUCUGCAUGGAUAGGAAAGCAUUCAGGAAGAGCUGCUCUCUCCUGGCAGAGUUGAUUUGGGUUUCUCCUUGGGCUGGGAAUUGCAAGGGACCUCACGCUAUGAUGUUGUCCUUAGGUGCAGAUAUGAUAUGUAUUGAUAUUCUCCCAAUUCUAUGUGUAUUGCGAUUCGAUAUUGCGAUUUGCUUUUUCAAACUAUAUUGCUCAUUAUAUGUCUGCUAUAGAGAGAUGAGAGAGCAUGAGAAAAUGACGUUUGAUCAGUCAUGGAAAUAAAAGGACUGAACAUGUUGGCUCACUAUUUAAAAAGAAGAUGGAGAGCAAGCUAUAGGAUGAAAAAUACAAGAGUUUUGGCGCAGGUACAGUCGAAUAGCGCUAGCUAACGCUACCUAGCAAUUAAGGUAGAAUAUUUUACAAAUCUUCCAUCCUGAGAAUAAAUUACUUUUCUCCCGUGUAACCCGGUAUUUCCCGCCAAACCGGAAGUGUCAUUCAAAAGCAUUUAAAUAGGCCUAUGUCUGGAUUUGAUUAGAGCUUUGAUCGAAAAUUCAAGCCGGAUGCAACCUGAGCCUGAUUUAAAUACAUAUUAUGAGCCCUACAUUAAAGAAAUUUAAUGAGUCGAAGCCCAAAUGAUUGUGACGUUAUCCAAUACAUAGGCUAUAUGAUAUAUAAGCUACUGCACAUUAAGCACGGUAGAAAAACAUAAAAGCACAUAGAUGUACAGUGGGGAGAACAAGUAUUGUACAGUGGGGAGAACAAGUAUUUGAUACACUGCCGAUUUUGCAGGUUUUCCUACUUACAAAGCAUGUAGAGGUCUGUAAUUCUUGUCAUAGGUACACUUCAACUGUGAGAGACGGAAUCUAGAAAAUCACAUUGUAUGAUUUUUAAGUAAUUCAUUUGCAUUUUAUUGCAUGACAUAAGUAUUUGAUAUAUCAGAAAAGCAGAACUUAAUAUUUGGUACAGAAACCUUUGUUUGCAAUUACAGAGAUCAUACGUUUCCUGUAGGUCUUGACCAGGUUUGCACACACUGCAGCAGGGAUUUUGGCCCACUCCUCCAUACAGACCUUCUCCAGAUCCUUCAGGUUUCGGGGCUGUCGCUGGGCAAUACGGACUUUCAGCUCCCUCCAAAGAUUUUCUAUUGGGUUCAGGUCUGGAGACUGGCUAGGCCACUCCAGGACCUUGAGAUGCUUCUUACGGAGCCACUCCUUAGUUGCCUUGGCUGUGUGUUUCGGGUCGUUGUCAUGUUGGAAGACCCAGCCACGACCCAUCUUCAAUGCUCUUACUGAGGGAAGGAGGUUGUUGGCCAAGAUCUCAUGAUACAUGGCCCCAUCCAUCCUCCCCUCAAUACGGUGCAGUCGUCCUGUCCCCUUUGCAGAAAAGCAUCCCCAAAGAAUGAUGUUUCCACCUCCAUGCUUCACGGUUGGGAUGGUGUUCUUGGGGUUGUACUCAUCCUUCUUCUUCCUCCAAACACGGCGAGUGGAGUUUAGACCAAAAAGCUCUAUUUUUGUCUCAUCAGACCACAUGACCUUCUCCCAUUCCUCCUCUGGAUCAUCCAGAUGGUCAUUGGCAAACUUCAGACGGGCCUGGACAUGCGCUGGCUUGAGCAGGGGGACCUUGCGUGCGCUGCAGGAUUUUAAUCCAUGACGGCAUAGUGUGUUACUAAUGGUUUUCUUUGAGACUGUGGUCCCAGCUCUCUUCAGGUCAUUGACCAGGUCCUGCCGUGUAGUUCUGGGCUGAUCCCUCACCUUCCUCAUGAUCAUUGAUGCCCCACGAGGUGAGAUCUUGCAUGGAGCCCCAGACCGAGGGUGAUUGACCAUCAUCUUGAACUUCUUCCAUUUUCUAAUAAUUGCGCCAACAGUUGUUGCCUUCUCACCAAGCUGCUUGUCUAUUGUCCUGUAGCCCAUCCCAUCCUUGUGCAGGUCUACAAUUUUAUCCCUGAUGUCCUUACACAGCUCUCUGGUCUUGGCCAUUGUGGAGAGGUUGGAGUCUGUUUGAUUGAGUGUGUGGACAGGUGUCUUUUAUACAGGUAAUGAGUUCAAACAGGUGCAGUUAAUACAGGUAAUGAGUGGAGAACAGGAGGGCUUCUUAAAGAAAAACGAACAGGUCUGUGAGAGCCGGAAUUCUUACUGGUUGGUAGGUGAUAAAAUACUUAUGUCAUGCAAUAAAAUGCAAAUUAAUUACUUAAAAAUCAUACAAUGUGAUUUUCUGAAUUUUUGUUUUAGAUUCCGUCUCUCACAGUUGAAGUGUACCUAUGAUAAAAAUUACAGGUGCUAUGCUAUGGAACAAGCUCCAGUAAUCUUUUUGAGUGUGACCUGUAUUACUGUAUUGUACUAUACUGUAUUAAAUGGACUGGAAUUACGCACCUUGUUCAAACCAUGAUAAAGCAGGGAGAGAACAUGCGAUUCUGGUGCAGCACAUGCGGCCUACAAAGUUACAAGUAUAGGCUAGUGAAUUUGAUUGACAUUUUUCAUAAUAUUUCCCCUAAUGUUAUUAGCCUACCACCUCUUUCUCUCUCUAGUGUUGCUUCAUGCCUUGCUCGCUUUCAACAGUUAAAUUAAAUACGUUUUGUUGUCUUUAUCUUAAUCAUUCUAAUGACAUGCUUGAAUAAUAUAGGACUAGAAUGAGAUGCAGAAUGCUUUCAAUUCUCCACGAGGAUUGAAUGGUUAUGGGUCUGAAUAAAUAACUUCUAUAGCGUACUGCCAUCGCGCAUUCACUCUUUCAAACUACCCGUGAGUUCUAUUGGCUGCUGUAUUUAACAUUCAACAAACAAGAGUUUGCGUCCCUCUUCAAAUAGUCGAUCUUGAAUGCAUUUUGAACGUAAUUGAUGAGAGCGAAAGACUGCGAGAGAGUGCUCGCUCGUGCAUUGAUUUAAAGCAGCGAUUAGAGUGUUUUUAAAAUGCUUCAGCUGCAAAAAAUAUAUAUAUUUACCAUUUCAAAAAAGGAGGAGACCCCAGCCAGAUGGAGAUGUGUAAAUUAGACGUGCAUUCGGUCUUUAUAUUACUGUAGCGUAGGCUAUGCUGCAGCGACUGUAAGUCUACCUGUCACAAAAGUUACCAUGAUGAGAUGAUAGGUCUACAUACUGAGAUGAGCUGUCGGUCCCCACCCUGAGAUUUGAUGAUUCAUCAUGCUUUGACCAGAGAGAAGGCCUUAGAGAAUCCUGAUUUAGACAACACAUAUAAUUUAAGUUCUAUUUCACGUCAUGCUGUUAAUAUAAAUAAUUUAUUAUAAUUUACCGGUUUCUCUGUUAUUUAUCUCGGGAAAAGGGAGUGGUUUUGGGCGGUAAAUCUGUAAAUCUCGGUAACCGGGUUCCCGACAUUCAACCCUACUAGUAAUAUGUUUACAAAUCGAUACUUGCAGUCAAAGUAUCGCUAUAAUAUCGUCCAAAAUGAUAUUGUGAUAUGUAACUAGUUUAACCCCUCCAGUUCUGCCCACUUGAUUUUAGGUGGUAAACUUAGCUGGCCUUUUUAUUGUGGUGAAAGUCAUGGAUAACUGGAGUUAGAUGGAAGAAUGUCCCUGCAUUUAUCAAUUACUUGCAGUGUGAAGUGAAGCACACAGUUUUUUUCACGACUUGAGGGAGAUUUGAAUUUGCCAUGAUCUGCAAAAUAUAUAAACCUUAGAGAAGUAGGCUAAAAUAUGCUGUGGUGUUUUUGUUAAGCAGUAUAUUUUUCUGACAAACCUGUAAUUCAACCAGUUGUACAUGUCAGUUUUCUUCCCCCUCACCAUUUUAAUCUCUGUAGCCAAGGUCUUAAAGAUAUGCUGACACACAAGUGCUUUUCCUGGCAAUCGGGCUCCUUCAGCUUCAGGAAGCCAACAGCAAUUUGAAUACCGCUGUAGGCUUGGCCCUCUGACCCCCAUCCUGCCUGCUCCCUAACCCCACUCUGAGGCCCUCUGCUGGAGCAGCGGGAGCUAGGAGAGGCUGGGGAUCAGAGGCAGGCCCUGAGGCACUGGCAGGCUUGGCAGCCGUUCAGGAAUGUGGGGGGGGGGGGGGGGACUGUUGCAGUGCAGAGGGGUCAGGUGCUAUGAGAGGGAGAGGCUCGGAGCUGAGAGGGGGUAGACACUGAUUUGGAUUUGCUUGUUUUAACAUCGGGUGAAGACAUUAAAUCACUUCUGUUUUUCUUUUCUUUUCACAGAGCGACCGACUGUCCAGGUACGUGGCAAAUUCAGUUUAUUCUUCAGGUCUGUCCCAAAUGGCACCCUAUUCCCUAUAUAGUGCACUACCUUUGACCAUUGCCCAUAGGUCUCUGGUCAAAAGUAGUGCACUAUGUAGAGAAUAGGGUGCCAUUUGGGAAUUCAUCCUUCCUGUCUGCUAUUUACCCUUCUCUUGGAGGGCUUGUGCCACUUUGGACCAAAUAAACCGUUGACAACCUUGUAUAUGGCAGUGUAAAUAUUAGAUAUGGUCGAAUAGAUAAUGUAAGUGUCCAUGUUUUUAUUAUCUUCAGGAAUGAAAGCAGCACUUCCUCUUUCGACCGAAAUGACCACCUGGGUAGCCGUGGCGAGGGUCGCAGGUCAUUCUCAAGCAGGCUGGACCGAGACGAUAGCACUGACUACAAGAAGGUACUGGAGCUCCCGGACACUCACCUUCUACCUUAGUUAAGAUCACACCAGACUCAAUAACACCACCAUAGAAAUAGUCAUUCUUCCACGUGAAGUGACAUUUUUUUCUCACUGUUGUUUUUCCUCUCAGCUUUAUGAGCAGAUCCUAGCAGAGAAUGAGAAGCUGAAGGCCCAGUUACGUGACACAGACCUGCAGCUGACUGACUUGAAGCUACAGCUGGAGAAGGCCACACAGGUGAGGCACUGGGGCCAGGCUGCACAGUACAGUUGGGAAAUUAGCACGUAUCAUGUAGCAUUAGCAUAAGUAGCCUCAGCAUUAGCAUCACUCAUUGGGAAUAAAUAGGGGCUGUUCCUCGCUAACUGUGGGUUAUCGACUUUGCUUGUGUUACAGAGGCAGGAGCGCUUUGCUGACCGGUCGCAGCUUGAGAUGGAGAAAAGGGUAAUGAUUAUUACGUGUUUUAUGUUUUUAACUUAUUUCAUCAUUUUCCCCAACAAAUGAAUGAACUCAAAAAUGAGUUGUAUGUAUGAAAGGCACUUAAAAAUAAAAGUAUUAUUAUUGGCUUGAACUGAAUUGGUAAUGCUAGUGGUAAUCAAUGCCAACUGGUUUAUGUCUGAAGGUUACAAGCAGGCCCCAAUUUCAGCUGGGUGGUAUGGUCUUAUAAACCUGACUACUUUCUACAGUCUACUGCCUCUGCUGCUGGCUGUCUCACCAUGCCCGUAUAGCUGGCUGGGGGCGUGCCACCCCACCCAAGCACGAGCUACCUACCUUCUCUCACGUGUUUUGUAAAAAAAAAAAUAGCCAGUGUGUGGUCACUUCUUCUCCAGAGUUUUUGCGUAGUGUGUGAUAGCGAGUAUACAUUAUGGAUUGUUUCAAUGUAAAUGUUAUCUUCUGCAUGUGCUUUUUGCUAUUCUUCUUGGCAAGUGUUCCUCAUCCCAAUUUUGAGUAACUUUCACUCAUAUCAACUUUACGACUGACACAAACAUCCCCUUUACGACUGACACAAACAUCCCCUUAAAGACAACAGGCACAUGUAGUUCACAUGGUGGCCAAGAAAAAACAUUUAUCCUCAACUCAAAACAUCUUCCAUGAAUGAUUUACUCAUACCCUAGUCUAUUGCUUUAGUCCAUGUUCUAACUGGAUUUCAGAUCACCUUCCCUUGAUCACAUUCCCCUGGCAUUCCCUAAAGUCAGCAUACCUCCAGACCUUCACAGCUCGGGUCUUCCUUUGCAAACGAAGCCAAAUGCUUCUUUUAUUUUAGUUGCAUUGGCCCUGCCAGUAUGGCUGACAUUUACCAUGAGUCAUUUCAUGAACUUGUCAUGUUUAGAUAACCACAGCCUUUAACCACAUCAGGAGAAAAUGGGACAUGCAGCACUAAACAUGUUAGGGCUUUAGAUUAGUCUCCAUGGUUCCGGCUUUGACAUGCUUCACAGUCGUGUGUACCUCACCCACUCUCCUCUCACCUCUCUCUCUUCAUAAAGCUCCCCAACCUGCAUCUGUUAUCUGACGUUCACACCUCACCUCAUGGCAGCAAUUUAGUUCUAGUCUGUUUUAGUCUUAAAAUACCUUUUUAGUCUUAGCCACGUUUUAGCCACAGUCAGUACAUUAUUUUCUAUCCCCGAGCCGACUAGGUGAAAAAUCUGUCGAUGUGCCCUUGAGCAAGGCACUUAACCCUAAUUGCUCCUGUAAGUCGCUCUGGAUAAGAGCGUCUGCUAAAUGACUAAAAUGUAAAUGUAUAAAGAAAUGAAUAUAUAGGCUACCUCUAACUUCCAUCGUGUGCACAUUCAGAUCGCCUAGUCCAACUAGGCCUAUUAUCUCCUUGUAUAGUUAGUUGGUAACAUUGAUAUUGUGGCAGAUUGAAACUAAUGCCAGCCAUAAUUAACCAUAUAGGCUAUAAAACCUUGGCUACAGGUUAAACAAUUUACAACUGUUUUCCUCCCCAUCAUAACCGUCAAGGGGGGUAAAUAACAGUGGUUUCUUGAUAAGGGGAGAAUUUGAGCUUUCCCAAAAUGUCAGAAGUAUUACUGUACUCCUAAUAUUUAACAAAUGGCAUUAGUUUUUCCCCAUAGGAAAAAAGCAACCACUCGCAUUUGCGGACCGCGGCGCGAGAGCGGCAACACAGAUGAAUAAAAGUGCAAAUGGGAAAAUAGAGGUUCUGAUGUGAUAAACAAAAAUAGCCUACAUGAAAGUAAGAGUAAACAUUACUGUUUCUAGUUGAGGUUAGUUACAAGUAGUGUCCUGGCACCUGGCUUCGCGUCAGUUCAAGAGAUUGACGAGUGAUUUGAAGUGACCUGGGUAGCUGUGUGGGAGGAGAGCUGGGUAGAUCAACUCAAUCAGACCGCGCAACUGAAAGAUGUAAAUUCUGCAAACAAACAUGUCCAAUCCUAAGCGUGUAUGCAUGCAGAAUAUUUAAUGUAGUCCUCUCAUUGGCAGAAUUCACAUCUUUCAGUUCCGCGGUCUGCAGCUGAUUUGAGCUGAUCUGCCCGGCUCUCCCACACAGCUCCAGGCGGUCACUUCAGUCACUCAUCAAUCUUUUUAACUGCAGCGAAGCCAGGUGCCACGACACUUGACUGCCGAAUUAAAUUAAAUGUCCAUUAGUGUCACGUGGGAGGCUCGUCAUUUUUUCGUUGACUAAAAUGAAAAGUAAUUUGUGAUAGUUCUCGUUUUUUCCCCAGGGAAUCUCGUCUCGUUAUCAUAGUGUUAGUCAGGAAAAAUAGGUAGUUGAUGAGUGUUUUUCAUAAUUGUUGUUGACAAAUGAACACUGCUGUCAGUCACUCAAGGCUGUAACAGCCGAGCUGCCGAGCUAUGGCCUUCGUUUUGUCCACGAGGUGUGAGGUAACAUAACUGAAGCAGUUUGUGGGAGCUUGUAUGUGGUGGUUGUCUUGCGUGGUGUUUUCAAUGCUCCUCUCCCUCUUCUUUAAACCCAGGGUUAACAUCUGUUUGUCCCCCUCCCUCCCUGCAGGAAAGAAGAGCUCUAGAAAGGAAGAUCUCUGAGAUGGAGGAGGAACUCAAGGUACUGUCUCAUGUGACUGGGCCCUCAGGGGUGACCCGUGCUGGGUGUAUGUGGUUGGGUGUAUGCCCUGUUUGUGUGUAGGGCACCAGGAGGUUGUUAGUGACAUAAUUACAUAUUGCCCCUUUAAGAUCAGGGACAGCAGUCAAUAUUCCAAUAUUGUUAAACAUACUGUAUACAUUAGCUGUACUAUAUUAGUAUGCCCUGUUGAAAUGUAUUACUGAACAAAGUUACUAUACAGGAUAGCAUUUUUACCACAGGCCCAAUGUUCCAUUUGAUAAACUCUCUGGUGCUGUCAAUUAUAGCAUAGUAUUUGUAUAAUGAAGCAAUCUUAACUGACAGUCAGCAUAGUGCUGUUGUCACUGUUUGAUUUGAGCCACCAGUGUUUGAUUUGAGACCCCAGUGUAUCCUGUCUGUGGUGUGUAUUCUGAAUAUGUGUGUAUUCACCUGUGUGUGUGUGUUCCGUAUUUAUGACAUUUUGGGAUGCUCUAUAUAAUCUUUGUCAACGUAACUCGUAAGCUCUUCUAACUAAGGAGAUUGGAUGUUGUUCUCAAACUGUAGCAAAAUCCAUUAUGUCAGUCAGCAAGUGUUCUUCCUUCUUCCCAGCACUGCCAUAAUGUAGUGUUUAUUUCUAGGUCAUAAGGAGCCCAGCGAUCAUAUCUGUCUUCCACACUCUAUUCUACUCUGCUACCGUAGAUCGCCAUCUCUCCUACAUGCCAGUCUGCCUGGAACGCACUUGUCAUUCCUCCAGUUCCAAACUCUGUCCCAUUUUCCUAACAAUCUCCUUUUUCUGUUUUGUCUUCUCUUUGCCCCCUCUUAUCCUCUCUAUCAUUUGUAUUGGCCCCUCCCUUGUCUUCCAUUCUUUCUCUCCCUUCUGGUACACUCUCCCAUCUCCCCCCUUUUCUCUGCCCUCUGCUGGUUUGACUCGCUCUCUUGCUCUUUCUCUCGUUCUCGCUUGUUCUCUCGCUCUUUCUCUCGUUCUCCCGCUCUCUCUCUCUCUCCCGCUCUUUCUCUCUCCCCCGCUCGCUCUCUCUCUCCCGCUCUCUCUCUCCCGCUCUCUCUCCCUGUGUUGUGGUUUUCCUGCAGAACCUCCCAGAGGUAAAGCAGGUUCAGGCCCUGCGUCAGGUCAAAGAGCGGCUGCAGGCAGAGAACAGGGCCCUGGCCCGCGUGGUGGUCAAGCUCUCCCAGUCAGCCUGCAGCCAGCUGCCCCCCUCCGUGGACCUGUAGCCCUGCCCAACCGCUCCUCCUCACCCCCUCACCCUCCCUUCUCAUGCUCCAUUCGUGCUCCGACCGCACCCAUAGACAGGCAGGUCCCCAGCCGCCCAACUACAUGGUUAUUCCCCCCGGAGACUGACUCACCCUACCUCCCCAGACCUCUCUGGUGUUCAUAUUGGGGGAGUGUGUUUUGAGUGGGCACUUUCCAUUUACAGUACCCAUAUUUUACAGUAUAGUGAAAUGUUAUUUUCAUUCAGGUAAGUAUCAAUUCAGGUGUUCAUUUUCAUAUAAGCAAAUAUGUACUACUUUAUUGUUAGUGCAGUACCUGAAGUAUAAAUAUUGGACUACAUGAUUAGGUAUUUUAUGCAGUUGAUUUUACUAGAUAAUUUGAUGUACUGUAAAGGAGAGUGCCCCAUUUUUUGUUUCCCCCCCCCAGUGUGCUGUCUUGAAGUCUUUAUCAGGGAGGGCCGUUUCGUUUGGCUUGUUUCUGUUUUCUUUGCAUGACGUGGCUUUCUUUUUGCGUCAAAUGGCGGACAUCUUUAUUUUUAUUUUUAUGGAGGACGGACACAUAUCCUUUCCCCUCAGUGUCUUUCUCCAGUCCUACCCCCGUUUCAAUUCACUCUUAUAGAUGCCAUCAACCCAGCUUUGAGACCGGGUCACCCCCAUAAUGCAGGUUUACACUUGGUCUGAUUUAAAUUCCAAGUGAAAUGUGACCUAGACAUAUUAAUUUGGCUAAUGAUUCAAGGUCCAUUACAUACCAUAAGAUGCUCAGGUUGGUUGAUUGUCAUCUGUAAUAAAAUGCUUUAUAGUUUUGCAGUGGACAGUGAAGUUUUGCUCUUCAUCUCCCUGGAUGUUCAGUUGUUCCCUAUGUGAGUGCUGAAGUGUUUCAAGAGGGACUGGACAGUCCUCCAUAUUUGCUCUGCCCAAGACAAUGCUCUACUGCAUGGCUUUAUGAAUCUGCUUAGCCCGGUAUGGUUUUAAUUGAUAUUAAUGAGGGAAUUAUACCUGUAAAUGAUCAUCUGUGACUCAUUGUGAUUAGUUAUCUUUUCAUUUGUCAAACAAACUGGUUAGUAUUUCGUAGGUCUCUCGUAAUAUUACCCACUUAAUAGACAACACUUUGGCACCACACUGAGUAUUGUGUUAAUAAAUAGUUAAAGCGGUAGGGUAUCCCUUAUUCAGAUAGCUAGUCAGAAUGACCCUAAUGAGUGUCAUAGGGCUUUUGAGUCAUUUUAUUGUAUCUAUUUCAGACAACUCACAAACUGUGACCAAGAUGACAGGCAGUGGUGUAACUAUGUUAGUGAAUAAUGUACCUACUAUAAUUCUAUUAAGGCAGAGUUGUUGUAUUACCAUUACUUUCUUAUAAGAAAAGAACAGCAGUUAGUUUGGAAACUUAGUUCAGGGCAGAAAUGGUUAUUGGGUGGGGAAUGGCCCCAUUUUCCACCUCCAAUCCUGACUGCGAGAUGGUGUUAGCUUUACACAUGGUAAGUCGACCUCACAAAUACAAAAAGAAGAACCGAACAAUUGCAAAGGCAGUAUUUGAUGCUGCAACAGUUUUAGUUGUCGCUCAUGCAUUUUUUUUGGCCCUGUAUGCUUCAAACAAAGGAGCACUGUUUGUGCUGAGAAAAUAAAUGACAAGAAAAAAAUGGUUGAGACUGGCUCGUCAAAGAUGCUGAUGACACGCUGCAAUUAACAGUUUCUAGAACUGGGCUGACUGGUAAACCUCAACGUGUCUCUGUGGUGACUUGUCUCUAAGCCUGUUUCCCUAUCUUCCUUUUGUUCUCUUCCAGACGCUACCAGACUUGAAAGCAGACAACCAGAGACUAAAGGACGAGAACGGAGCUCUUAUUCGAGUCAUUAGCAAGCUUUCCAAG